UCAUUUUCAACCCAUCACUCUCACUAAGAUCCCAACACAAGAACUCAAAUUUCACAUUCAAAUAAUAAUAAUGGAUCUUCCAAGAUAGGGUUUCGUUUUGCUUCUCUUCUCUUCUUCAAUUCACAUACAUAGAAAAGAAAAGAAAAGAAAAGAAAAUGCUCACUUUCUUCUGCAGAUUCGCAUUCUUCAUCCUUCUCUUUCUAUGCCGCUGCUUCCAUGGACAUGGCGCCGCCGUCUUCACGUUUCCGAUGCACCACCGUUUCUCUGGCCCUGUCCGCAAGUGGUCGUCCGCCGCCGCCGGCAUCCCGCCACCGCCGGAGAAGGGAACUUUCGAGUACUACGCUGAGCUUGCUGACCACGACCGCUUCCUCCGCGGCCGCAACCUUGGAUCCGAUCUCGACGCCGGACUUGCUUUCUCCGACGGCAACUCCACCUUCCGCAUCAGCUCCCUCGGAUUUUUGCAUUACACGACAGUUCAGCUGGGGACUCCAGGAGUGAAGUUCAUGGUGGCCCUUGACACUGGAAGUGACUUAUUCUGGGUACCCUGUGAUUGCACCAGAUGUGCAGCUACCGAUGGCUCGGUCUUUGCUUCUUCCUUGGCUCCAGAUUUUGACCUUAGUGUGUAUAGUCCUAAUGGAUCGACAACGAGCAAAAUGGUGACUUGUAACAAUAGUCUGUGCACGCAUCGCAACCAAUGCCCUGGAACAUUCAGUAACUGCCCCUACAUGGUCUCUUAUGUCUCUGCUGAAACUUCUACGUCGGGAAUACUAGUAGAGGAUGUUCUGCAUUUAACGAAAGAAGAUAAUAAUGAUGACCUUGUUGAGGCAAAUAUUAUAUUUGGCUGUGGACAAGUACAGAGUGGAUCAUUCUUAGAUGUUGCUGCUCCCAAUGGUUUGUUUGGGCUGGGUAUGGAGAAAAUAUCAGUUCCUAGCAUAUUAUCGAGGGAAGGCUUUAUAGCAGAUUCAUUCUCCAUGUGUUUUGGACGUGAUGGCGUUGGAAGGAUAAGUUUUGGGGACAAGGGAAGUCUUGAUCAAGAAGAGACUCCAUUUAAUUUUAAUCCAUCACACCCUACCUAUAACAUCACAGUCACUCAAGUCCAUGUAGGCACAACUCUAAUUGACGUGGAAUUCACUGCUCUUUUUGAUUCUGGGACAUCUUUCACAUACUUGGUUGAUCCAAUCUAUACAAAGCUUUCUGAUAAUUUUCAUUCCCAAGUAAAAGAAAGGCGGCGUCCACCUGAUUCAAGAAUCCCUUUUGAAUAUUGUUAUGAUAUGAGUCCUGAUGCAAAUAGGAGCUUGAUACCUAGUGUGAGUUUAACUAUGGGAGGUGGAGGCCAUUUUCCUGUUUAUGAUCCAAUAAUUAUUAUCACUACUCAGAACGAACUUGUAUAUUGUCUAGCAGUUGUCAAGAGUGCCGAAUUGAACAUAAUUGGACAAAACUUCAUGACCGGCUACCAUGUUGUAUUUGAUCGGGAAAAGCUCAUCCUAGGAUGGAAGAAAUUUGAUUGUUAUGACAUUGACGAUCAUGACGAAAUUCCAACAAGACCACACUCAGAUACUGUGCCUCCUGCAGUGGCUGCCGGUUUCGGUCAUUACCCCGCUCCAGACUCUGCUGCCAAAAGGACAGAAAGCAGUUCCACCACUGUAUCACCACCAUCCCAUCAUAGUCAUAGUUCACUUCUGGCUUUUUUCUGUUUUCUCUUGUGUUGUUUUGCUUACAUAUUCAGGGAUCACUCGUUUCUAUGGGGGAGUGGUAGUUCACGGUGAACCUUUUUUGCUCACAUUAUUGCACUACAUGAGUACAUGUUGAUAUAUUAGAAAGCACCAUCUCCAUUUGCUGCUCUAUAGUAUAGUGUUGUAGAAUAUGUACCAUUUUUUCCCCACUCAUGAUCUUCCACCAUGUAAAUGCUAUUUGUAUGUUUCACUUCCCAUGCAUCUUGUUAUGUAUCUAUUCAAGCCUUCAAGGACAGGGUUCUC